AUGGUUGAUUUGUUUGACUUUGUUGGAGGAGGGAAUUAUUCUGCUGCCAUGCCACCACCUGAACGCCUUUCGGUGAUGAUCAUGAACCGAGUAGCACAAACACAGCCUGAUAUGGUUUUGCAGCUUCCACUGGGAUCUCAGCUUACUAUCCCUGCAAAGGGGAUUACACUCAAGGAGCUUGGUGUUAUGAAGCUGACAGCGCAGUCUUCGGUGCGAUAUGGGUUUGAUUUUUGGUGUGGUUUAUGGAAGAGAGUGUAUAUGAACCCAUUGUUUCAGUUCUUGAAUCCUUCCGAUAGCCGUUCCGAUUUUUACAAUGGGUUUACUGCUGCGUAUUCCAGAGUGUUAAAGCCUUCUAAAAAGCUGAAGAAGUUUGAUGCUUGUACGGCGACCGUGCUUGAGGGGUUUUUCCACCGUCUUCACCUGUUUAAGCUGGAAGAGGGAGUGGAAACUGCUAUGAUUGAUUUGCAUGGUUUUGUGUAUGGAGUUGACUGUUUUGCUCACAUGGCAGAUGACAACUAUUCUGCUAUCAUGGAUCCACCCGAACGGCCUUCGAUGAUGAUUAACCAGCUAACACAAAUCCAACGUAAUGCUCCAGCUCCUCAUGAGAAGUGUCUAAAACGUAGCUAUAAUUUUCCUUAUGCAUUUGGUGGCGGGAUCUCACUCAAAGAGCUUGAUUUGAUGAAGAAAGUUGUUAUGAAACCUCAGUUUAAGUUCAUGGAGCCAACAAAUAGCGUGUUCGGUUUAUAUAAUGUUGUUGUUGAUGCGUAUUCUAGAGUAGUAAAGCCUUCUGAUGAUGCUUACGCUUCAAUGGGGAUGAUGCAAACUGCACGACCAGAGGAACCAGAGGCAAAGAGACAAAAGUUUGACGAGUCAGCUCUUAAUCCAGAAGGGGCUGUUCGAAGGCGUCACAGUCGAUGGCAAUAA